AUAACUGCCACUGCCAAGGAUCAAGUCAAACUCUCUUCCCAUCAUUCUUCCAGAUCAGACAUUGCCUGCAUGUAAAAGAAGUUAAUAAGGUCUGGGAAAAUUAUUUUCUAUUGAGAACAUCUAAAAUCAUUUCCAAGUACAGAAUUAGAGCCUUUUGGAGAAUAUUACCAUGGUGAGAAACAUUGACGACUUCAAUUUUUGCCUUCCAUCCCAUCCUCAAUCUAUUCUGGAAGGACUACAGACCCUACGUUCCAACCCCAAACUCUCAGAUGUCACUUUGAUUGUUGGGGGACAUGAAUUCCCUUGCCACCGCAGUAUCCUGGCCCUCUGUAGUCAGUACUUCAAUGCUAUGUUUGCUGGUGACUUUAUGGAAAGCUUUUCAGCACGUGUCGAGAUCAAAGAAGUAGAGCCUAUCAUUAUGGAGUCCUUGCUUAAUUUUGCUUACACAGGCAAAGUGACCAUCAAUCAGGGGAACGUGGAAGCCUUGAUUAGGACAUCCAGCCAACUUCACUUCCCCGUCAUCCAGAAAGUUUGCAGUCGGUACUUGAGACAGCAGAUGGAUGCAACCAACUGUUUAGGCAUUUGUGAGUUUGGAGAGAUGUAUGGCUGUUCGGAGAUUUCAUCUGAGGCAUGGUCAUUUUUGCAAGAAAAUUUUGAACUUGUAUCUCAACAGGAAGAAUUUCUUCAACUAUCGAAAGAGAGGAUAAUUAUUUAUCUGUCUAACAACCUAUUGCAAGUACAAAAAGAACAGAGCCUAGUUGAAGCUGUCCUCAGGUGGGUCAGGUAUGAAAAACUGGCCAGAAUGGUGCACCUUCCAGAGCUUCUUGACCUAGUGCAUUUGGUUUCAUUGCCAGAUCAGUAUCUGCAAAACAUGUUGUCAUCUGAACCAUUGAUUCAAGAAUCAGAAGCUUGCAAGGCUAUCAUUGCUAGACAUCGGAGCACGGCAGAGAACAAGCCCUUUGUCCAGCAGAGACUGAAGGCCCUUCCACAGAAGCUAGAAGAGGUGCUGGUGGUUGUGGGAGGCAGAGUUUUGGAAGAAAAUGAUGAAGAUGAAGAGCCACCACACUUCUCCAGAAAUUUUGCUUUUUAUAAUACUAACACUAGAACAUGGAUUGCUUUGCCUGAUUUUCCAGAUUAUAAUAAAUGGGGCUUUUCUAUGAUUGCUCUAAACAACAACAUUUACAUUACAGGUGGCUCCAGAGGAUCGCAGAAUGACACAUGGUCUACAACACAGUCCUGGUGCUUCUGCCUUAAGAAGGGUGUCUGGAAGUCCAUUGCUCCAAUGCUGAAGCCCCGAACAAAUCAUGCCAGUGCUGUUCUCAAUGGAGAGAUCUAUGUCAUUGGUGGAACCACUAUGGACAUUGUGGAAGUAGAAUGCUACGAUCCUUACAAUGAUAGCUGGUGCUUUGUCAGUCCUGCCUUGAAGUAUGUCAGUAAUUUUGCUGUAGCUGGAUGUCUUGGGAAGUUGUACCUCAUUGGUUCUUGUGCUAUCAAAUAUAAUACAUUGACCCUCCAAUGUUACAACCCUGCUAUUGAUGUCUGGAGUAUAAUUGCAUCUCCCUUUCUCCCCAAGUACCUCUCUGCUCCUUGUUGUGCCUCCUUGCAUGGAGUCAUUUACCUUAUUGGUGAUAAUACAAAGAAAGUCUAUGUGUAUGAUCCGGAUGCUAACAUCUGGCAGAAGGUGCAACAGCUUCACACUUUACAUGAAAAUGGUGGAAUGGUACCACUUGGUGGUAAACUCUUUGUCACAGGUGGCUACUGGAAAGGUAUGGAUGGCGACUAUCAAGUAGAGAUGGAAAUGUAUGAUUGUGCCAAGGAUGUUUGGACAAGGGAAGGGUCACUUCCCUGUUUAUGGCUCUACCAUGCAUCUUCUUCUAUCUUCAUGGAUACUUCAAAGUGGAGGGAACCUUUCCAGUCAUGAGUCUAUGGAGAUUCUCAGUCAUCCAGGUCAUGGUUGUCCCAAAGGUGCCUUUUUCAGGAGGCAACUGGACUUCGUGUUUUUUUUUUCUUUUGAAGAAGUUUCACUUUUCAUCCAAGAAGCUUCUUCAAUUCUGACUGGAUGAUGGGGAAUGGAAGGAUUUAUAUUCCUUGCAGACAGCUGGUCAUUUGCAUUCUUUUAGAGAGUUGUUGAGGCCACUUGGAGAUUUAUCCUCAGGAUCACAUGAGUAGUGCAAAUUUCCAGUCGUGAUCACAAAGUUUGGUAUGAGGUCUCACAGCUCUGCUGCUCUGACUGAAGCUUUGGAGAGAUUAGGUGUUCUGCAUCUCACAUGGUAGACUGUAAUUUAUGAAUUAAGAUUUUGUAUUUAUUUAUUAAGAGAUAGGUUGGUGUAGUGGUUAAGGUAUCAGCUAGAAACUGGAAGACUAUGAAUUCUAGUCCUGCCUUAGCCACAAAGCCAUCUGGUUUUGGUCCAGCCACUUUUUCUUAUCCAUAAGAAGAAGGCAAUGGAAAACCUUGCCAAGAAAACUUCAAGGACUUGUCCAGAAGUCUUUGAGAAUAAAAAAACAACUGAAUGGAAGAAAAACAAUAUUGAUAGUACUCACCAUCUUAAUUUUUGUAAUGUUUCUGUGAUUUUUUUUUACUAGGCAUAAACAUGUUUCUGAGAAGUGAUGGUAUAGUAUAUAAAUCACAAGCAUAUUUUUGCCACAGUUGGAUUAUUUUUAUCUUUACCAUCUUUAUUAACAAUUGUGAGGAAAAUAUUCUGAUAGUCUAUUGAUAAUGAUAAAGAACAAUAAGCAGACUGAUUAUUCAAUUUUGUAAGAUUAUUGUGCAAUUUGAAUGGUAACUUUAAAAAUGUAUUUCUGUUCUUCCAGCUUGGAAAAUAAUCUAGACAGUUUUAAUAUCUAUAUUCCAUUAAUAAUGUUUGAUUAAUAUUGAUAGUCCAUUAAUAAUGUAUUUAAAUAGUUCUCUGUAAUUUCUUAUAUUAUUGUGAACUGUCUCAGAAUUCUUUUAAAUAUAAAUAAAAAAUGA